AUGUUGGUACAGAGCAUCGUCAAGGUGUGGGGUAGAGGGGGCCACGCGAAGGAUGUCCGCGGUCUGGUUAUGGCUCUCAACGCCGCCGCCGGGGGAGGGGAAGACCCCAACAACGUCGUGUGCAACAACGUUGGAGGAUCCGAGCCGCAAUCACAAUCACAGCCGCAUACGCAGGACGGUCAAAACCCCAGCGGCAGAAUCGGGAACCACGACGACGACCGUGCGUAUUCCGUGGGCGACCGUGCCUCCCUCCAGCACACCCUGGGACAGGCGCAACCUGGGUUGUAUGUACGAAAUGGCAGCUGGGCUCGACCUGAAGGGUUUGUUCCCGCAAGUGUGGCGCCCAUCGGUGACGAGCAUGACCCCGCAGUCGGCUCGUGGCAUUCCUGGGGGACCGAGAAGAUGGAUGGCGUAAGCUCGGGCACGCAGGACUUGUGGGAUGGGGAUUCGAACGCAGGGUACCCCCGGGCAAGGGAGGCGACGAGCCACCCGAGCGAUGGUUUCGGGACAAGUCGCGAGCACCACCCCAAUGUGCGUGCGACGUGGCAGCCGGUCGCUGAACCAGCAGGAGCUGGGGGGAGAAAUGGUAGCCGAUGGGGAGCGUUUGCGUCCAACCGCGCAACGGAGGUCUUGGACGGGCGCCUAGGGCCCAACCAGGAGGCGUUACAAGACCCGAAUUUCGUCACGUGCCUCGAGACAGCCCCGGCCAAGCGGCGCGCCAGCCCGACGCCUGGGAAGAGAAGGAGAAAAUGCGGCCCACCGAGCAGCUCAGACUCGCCAUUGGAGGACGGGGCGUCGAGGUCGAGGUAUCGCAGGACGUUGGAAUACCAGCAGCAGGCGGCGUCGAACAACGGUGCUGCGGCGGACGCUGGCGAUGCACGUGGAAGGGGCGGUCCUCAGUGGCAGCAGGAUGGUGUGACCAUGCGCCGCGCCUGGUCCUGCUCAAGCUCAAGCGCGUCGGGCGCGAGUCUGUACGGGGGCCCGAUGACAUACACGCGGGACGGCGGAUGGGAAGACGGGAGGCGGGAUCCGUGCGGGACGAACCGUGGCCGUGUUGGUGCCGUCGACCAAGAGUGGUCUCGCCCCGCCCACAGCGCUAGUGGUUACGGUGGCAUGUCAAGGGAGGGGAGUGUGCUCACGUCAGAGUUGAAUGGUAGGGGCAGAAGAAGUAGCACUGCUUCGACACCACCGAACAGCAGUGCACCCGGUGGCACCGGUGUCGUGGGAGCAACAAGAGGUCCCUCUUCAUCGUCAAGGUGGAGCAAGUUUGCGCGAUGAGACACAAGAUGGAUCAUCACAUUUA